AUGUGGCGCCUGGCCUUGUUGGCCGUUGUGGUGUUUGAUGUGUCCGCCGUGCGGCCCAUGGGCGAGCAGCACUCCAAAAAUCGACCAUCGCAAUACCAGCGAUGCCGUCUCAAGACAGAGAUGGGCAUUGGAGACUGCCUGGAGUUGGACGCUAGCGCUCCCGAAAGCUCGGAGAAGUUUGUGAAGGUGAUGUGCCAACAAAGCGGCCAGUCCUUUCUGGGCCCUGGUACUACCUGCGCAGAGAUGGGUUUCGCAUGCACAAUGAAGAGUGCCACCGCUGAGGAAAACGAGGCACCCGGUGGAGAUAGCCUCGGCCGAGGGAUUCAGGGCCAGUUUUUCAUGGGCAAAUGUGAUGAAAUUGGUGGGUUUGAGUCUUCAGCCUCUUCAGCUUAUCCAGCUUUCAAACACCAAGUGAUGCCAUGUUGA